AUGCCGUUUCACUCCCACCACCACGGACAACAAGUACCCAACGUUGCUGGCGGCAUCUUUAACUCUUUAGGCGCCGCUUCAGUGGCUGCCCCCAAUCUGCAGAGGAUAGCCUCCGGCCAAACGACCGCCGGCACUGACACCUUCGCCCAACCCAACGACCCGAACCUCUACGGCGGCAGCAACAGCAGGGAGCAAGAUGCAGGAAUGGCACACAAUAUACAGACUGGCAGACUAGGCCUUGAUCAGUCGGCACCGCUGUCAGCGCCCGUGUCUGCCGUACCCAACGAGUCACAGCAGUUUGGCACUCCGCGAAGGACGCAUACCCAGCGAGUGUCUGAAGACCUCCGCGUACCCUCCAACGCUCCACCCUUACAGCAGUACGCGACGCCGCAGCAGCAAACUUACCAGGAUACCAUCUAUUCGGGGGCCAUUGCGCCGUCGUUCAACCUACAACAAGCAACUCCACAGGGCUCGCAUUCAGCCACUCUGCUUUCCAGCGCAGGUGUAGGGAACGCUUUGCCAGGCGCACUUCAGCCCGCUGGAGGAGCCUCGCGCCCUGUUACCUCGUCCACAUUCACAGCACCUGCGACAGUGCCCACUAUGCAACAACAGCCUCUCCAGACCAAUGCUUCACAAUACGCACAGGCCCAGACACAGCCUCCUUCCCGAACAAACACCCUUCAUAGCCAUUCGCGAAGUAGUCCUGGAGGCCUGGACGGCGCGCAGAGAUACAUACCCUUCAACCAGACGCCGACGCAAACGCCUACGGCCUCGAAUCCGAAAGCCUACAACAUCUCCAAUGCCCAGACCCCAUCGGCUGGGCCCUCGCACAGCCCUCUUAAUCUCACAGAUAUCCGAUCGCGCGCAAUAUCAGACGCUAAUGAAGGUCCGCAAGGAACGGCAUUCUUCAGCUAUUCUGACUCGCCUACGAACUCGAAUUACCUCGCCCCGUUCCCCACGUACGCUUACGAUUGGUGCAAAUGGCCCGUCAUGGGAGGCAGUGGAGCAGGCAAAAUGGCAGUUGGAAGCUAUCUGGAGGAUCCCCACAACUUCAUUCAGAUAUUGGACACGAAUGUCGUGCCGCAAGAGGUGACGAGCCAGGGACAGUCGCCUUAUGGGCUGGAAUAUAGCAAAGUUGCUGAGGCGACCUGCGCUUAUCCAGUGACCAGAAUACUAUGGGAGCCUCCAAGCUCGCAGAAGCAAAGCACUGACUUGUUGGCCACGAGCGGAGACCAUUUGCGGCUUUGGAGUCUUCCAGCACCCGGAACACCUCACUCGAGUAACAACAUCAAUCGCACUGCUGCUGCAAACUCUCGAGAGCCACCGCCACAAAAGCUGCAACCUUUGGCGUUGCUUUCCAACAGCAAAACGCCCGAACAUACCGCCCCCUUGACCUCUUUGGAUUGGAAUACCCUCUCACCGAAACUUAUCAUCACCUCGUCGAUUGACACGACCUGCACAAUUUGGGAUAUACCCACCCUCACAGCGAAAACACAACUCAUCGCUCACGACAAGGAGGUGUUUGACGUCCGCUUCUGCGCUGGAUCCGUCGACGUAUUCGUGUCUUGCGGAGCCGACGGCAGUGUUCGCAUGUUUGAUCUGAGAAGCUUGGAACAUUCGACUAUCAUCUACGAGCCUGCCGAGAAGUCCGAUAAAGCUUCCUCGCCGAGCGCUUCCUCGCCGUCGAAAUCCACAAGUCAAACACUUUCACCGGCACCUCCGCUCCUGAGACUAGCGGCGUCCCCUCACGAUUCACACCUUCUCGCUACGUUUGCAGCGGAUAGUAACAUCAUCCGCAUCCUCGACGUACGGCAGCCUGGUACUGCCUUGCUAGAACUCCGCGGCCACCAAAGCGACCUCAGGAGCAUUGAGUGGAAUCCGAACCGAAGAGGGAUGCUAGCAUCAGGCGCAGACGACAGCCUCGUCCUGGUAUGGGACCUGCUCAACUCAUCGAACCAAGCCGCCGUGCCCACGGUCAACGGCAAUGGAUCCAGUGGGCAAACCGAAGUCCAAGGCAAAGGACCCCUAGCGAGCUGGAAGUGCGAGUACGAAGUCGCCAACGUGUCAUGGGCCCCUCAAAGCACAUUGACGACCCAAGGCGGCGACUGGCUAGGCGUAUGUGCAGGACGAGGCGUGUGGAGCGUGAAGCUCUAG